AUGCUCGCCGAACCGCAGCGCCCUUCAGCGGCUGCCACGCCACCGAUUCCUAGUUCGAUGCCUUCCUCAACGCCAGUUGCUCCUUCCAUAGAAGAAGACAGCCAUCGGCCUUGCAGUGACCAACCUUUACCGCAUAUCGAAACCCCCGCUGCUGCCCUAACUCCGAGCUCGAAUACGUCGUCGCCACGUCCGGAGAACAAACAUAUUCCGCACAUGUCUUCCCACCGUCGGGCGAACACUGAGAUUAUCCGAUCGCGCAACCCUCGGCCGACGUCUGGGCUAUCAUUCGGCGACCAAUCUCACAGUUUCGAAGACCUCGACUACACUCGAACGCGCCCCGUUGCCUCAAACGAGAAUCUCGCCCGGAAGAAGCUGGAGGUAGGCGCGAAAUUCUUGACUGGCUUGUUCCAGGGGAAAUCCGAACAAGUCAACGUGGGACUUCUGCACCGAUCAGCUGAAACGGAUUCGACGAGCAUGGACGGUUCAGGCGUUGAAGAAGUCUAUACCCCUUCAUAUACCACCCCUAGCUUUACAAGCCGAUCGCAGAAGCGCAUGACAGCGCCAUCGCCCUUGAAGCAAGUGACCUCGACAAAUCCUCUUUCGUUCUUCGGUCGGAGGCGUCAAGGCGAGGGUAGGCUGGAGCUUCCAGAGCCUGCGGAGGAUGAGCUCUUGAACCUCGAUAUCGGCGCGGCACUAUUGCCUCCUGGCUCGAACCAUAUGAGUGAUCAGGAAGCCCUUGAUGCGCUGCGAGACAAUGCGGAGAACGUCAUACAACGGCUGCAGGCAGCCUACAAACAGCGAACCUUUGCGCUACACGAACUCCUCGGCGAGAAGACCGAGAAACAAGAAGAGCUUGAGGAAACAAAAACGCGCAUUGGACACCUGAAGAUUCAGCUGGAUGGGAUGGCUGAGAAGGUUCUGCGUCAGGACAAGGCCAUGAAAGCCAUGGCGGAAGAGCUUGAACAAGAGAGGCAGUUGCGCCGUAAAGAAGAGGAAGCCCGACGAAGCGUCAUGCUCGUCAAGCCCAGCGCCGACGAUGAGAGCGUCUCAGACAUUGCAGUUGAACUCCAGGCCCCUAAAUGGAACACGAAACGCCAAAGCAACGGCACGAUUCCUAGUGAUUCUGGUUUCGAAUCUGGAGAUGAGAGUCUGGCGGAAAGCGUCUUUUCUCGCCGGGACGCCGUCGAUUCGCCCUCCUCAACAAUCACAGCAUCGCCAAACCUCUCACAAACUACACUUCCCACCCCGCCAUCUGCCACCCUACAAGCCAAUCAGAGAGAUUCCAAACCCUUACCCGCGCCGCCCGUUCGCGAGUCCGCAUACAAUAGAGUCAUCAAAGGACUUGCAUCCAGUGGUAUUACUAGCGCGUGGACGGGUAAUUCCGCCAAAUGCAGGAUAUGUUACGGGGUGCCUUCAUCUGAAGCCUGGAGCGUCAUGGGCGUUUUGAAAGAGGAAAACAAAGGCCUAAAGACACGACUUGGCGAGUUGGAAAUGGUCAUAGAUGACUGCCUGAGCCUCGUUGGGCCUUGA